AUGGCCGCCGCCGCCUCUCGGACAGCUUUUCUGCUCUCUUCUUCAGCUCUGCUGCUGCUCCUGUGCUUCUGCACAGAAGCGAAAGAGAUAACAGUGGGAGGGAAGUCGGACGCCUGGACGAUCCCAUCGUCGGAGUCCGAUUCCCUCAACAAAUGGGCCCAACGCACCCGCUUCCGCAUCGGCGACUCCCUCUUGUGGAAGUACGACGGGACGAAGGACUCGGUGCUGGAGGUGUCGAAGAAAGCUUACCUCGCCUGCAAUGUCAGCGAACCCAUUGCAGGAGUACAAAGACGGGGACACCAAGGUCAGAAGGUGAUUAUAGUUGUGUUGUCUCCCAGAACUGCUUCUCCUGCUCCUUCCCCUGCUUCUGAAGAUGAAGACCAGUCGCAGCAGGUUAUGUCUCCUGCUGUUGCGCCCACGAGCGCAGCUGCUGCUGCGUCCAGCUUCGGUUUUGCUGCUCGCCUGGUUUCGGUUCUGGGUUCCCCUGCUGCUUCUCCAUUGCUUCAUGUUCUGAUUCCUUUCGGAAUGAUGGGUGAUGGGUUUCAUUGUUUACCCCCGGAAUGA